CUGGUUAUAUCUUUUGGCCUUACGAAUACCCCGGCCACGUUCCAAGCGGCUAUGACAACAGAGUUCCUACACAUGCUGGACAGAUUCGUACUCAUCUACCUCGACGAUAUCUUGGUGUACAGCCGGAGUUUGGACGAGAAUGUGGACCACCUGCGAACCGUUUUGGAGCGGCUACGACAAGCCAAGUACAAAUCCAACUGCGACAAAUGCGAAUUCGCACGGCAAGAGCUCGAAUACUUGGGCCAUUAUGUGAUGCCGCAAGGCAUCCGUCCACUCGCGGACAAGAUCGAGGCCAUCCGCGUACGUCCCGAGCCCACCAACACCACAGACGUUCGCUCAUUCAUGGGGUUGGCAGGCUACUACCAAUGCUGCAUCACAGGGUACCCAAGGAUCGCUGCACCAUUGACGAGACUACAAUCGCCAAAGGUGCCAUUCGUAUUCGACGACAAAGCACGCUGGUCAUUCCAAGCACUCAAGACUGCCAUGCUCAUGGCACCCGUCCUUAGCAUCGACGACACCACCUUGCCAACAAGAGUAACAACCGACGCCUCCGGCUACGGCAUUGGGGCAGUCUUGGAACAACACGACGGUGACGACUGGCAUCCCAUGGAGUAUUCCAGCCACAAGGUGCCUCCCAUCAACUCACUUGAUGAUGCAAGGAAGAAGGAGCUGCUCGCGUUCGUGAUGGCUCUCAAGCGAUGGCGGCACUUCCUCCUUGGGCGUUGUAGGUUCAUAUGGGUCACCGACAACAACCCGUUGACCUACUCCAAGACGCAAGACACGGUGAGCAGCACUAUCGGACGAUGGGUGUACUUCAUCGACCAAUUCGACUUCACACCGAAACAUCUCGCCGGCCUCUCCAAUCACGCAGCCGAUGCACUAUCGCGCAGAACCGAUCUUUGCGCCAUGACACAUCAUGCCUUCGCAUUCGACGAGGAACUCCAAUGACAUUUCAUCCAGGGCUACCAGUCGAUCCGGAUUACGCCACGCUAUAAGUGCAGCUAUCUCCGGAUCACCCGCCGGCCAGCAACUAUC